AUGGCGUUCCUCCGGCGCAAGAAGCCCGUGAUCCGCGUGCCCACGGGCAAAGACGCCGUCAACUUCCGUAAGCUUCUGUUCCUGCCCAUCCAGGACACGGAGGAUCUGCUCACGAACCAGGCGUGGGAGCGGCUGGACUUGCGAUGUCUGACGCUCAUGAAGACUAAAAUGCUGCGGGCGUCCUGCAUCGCUCGAGGUUUGCCCAAGAAAGGGGGUAAGCGGACGCUGGUGCAGCGAUUAACCGCCUCUCUGACGGAGCAGCGGACUGCAGAGAUUCGACGGCGACAAGAGGAAGAAGAGGAGUAUCAGCGCCAGUUGGACAUGCUGGGAGGGGUCUGGUCGUUUGGCUCGGGGUUUGCAGGCCAGCUAGGACAUGGGGAUCUGGAGUCGUCAGCCACGCCACAGAUCAUAAAAAAACUCCGUGGGCGCAGCAUUGCCCACGUAUACGCGGGCUUCGACUCGGACGUGGCGUUCGCUGUGAGUCGGAUUGGAGACGUCUACGUGUGGGGCAAGAGGACGGGUCCUACGGGUCUCCCACCGGGAUCUUCAUUGGCAGCGUUAACGAAGCUAACGUAUGCGAGGGCUACUAACCAACAACCGAAGCACGAGCGGACGGAGAAGAAUGGGGAGGAGCGAGAUGAGGGAGAAGACCCAAAUGAAAGCGACGAUGAAGAAGAAGAAGGCGGCGACGAGGACUUCGUGCAUCCGGUUAAGUUGCUCGCUCUCUGUGGCGAGGGAGUCAGCCACAUCGCUGUGGGGCGGGUGCACUGCUGUGCGAAUACCAAGGAUGGAGACGUCUACACGUGGGGGCAGAACGACCACUGCCAGUUGGGCACGGAGCCUGUCCAUAAUCUAUCGGAGGCGCUGUCCAAGAAGGCGCGAGUCCGCUACGGAGUCGACUCGAUCGAGCCUCGACUGUGGGAGCGGACAGUAUCGGAGACUUGUGUCGUUACUGCUGUUGAUGUGGGGACCAACCACACCUUUGCUGUCACCGACAAGGGCGAGAUGCUCGCGUAUGGCGCAACUUACAACACGAACGACCACUCGAGCUUAGCACGGAGUAUUGCGAAACUUCAAAUAUCUUGUGGGGCCAUGCAUGCUGGUCUGGUAACAACGGAUGGACAAGCAUACACGUGGGGAAGCGGUGACGGUGGCCGUCUAGGCCAUGGCGACAAUACGUCCUAUGUCAACCCAAAGCUGGUGGAAGCGCUGAAGACCGACGUCAUUGUAGAGAUCGCGUGUGCGUGCUGGCAUACGGUGGCCGUUGUGCUAAUCCCCCCACUGUUGAAAGGAGGAGUGGUUUACACGUGGGGAAGUGGUCGACUAGGGCAGCUUGCUCAAGGAGGGAAACAAAUCUCCACUCUACCGGGUCUCGUGACCGACUUUUUCACCACUCACGCUCUCAUCAAGAAAGUGUGUGCCGGGAUGUACCACAACGCAGCGCUCUCAGUAGACGACGAGGUCUUUACAUGGGGGAGCAACACCAACGGAUGCCUGGGUAGACCGGAAGAACUCGGAGACCUCGAGGAAAACUUCUGCGCUGUACCCGGUCGAGUUGAAGGCAUGGAGGACUUCGUCGGCCGCCCCUGCUCAAUUGCAUGUGGCCGCGAGUUCACACUAAUCGCCACCAAGCCGUACAUCGGACCGACGCGGGAGGAGGUGGAGCGCAGGAAGCAGGAGAAGAUGGAGCAGUCCGAGAGCAUCGUGCGGCAGACGACCGUCGUCAAGGACGAGAAGCGCGACCAGCUCCAGAGAAUUCGACGGGACAAGCACGCGACCAUAGUGGCGCUGCUCAACGCCAAGUUCCCCAGGUGCUCCAUCUGCACGACGGGCCUCAUCUGUCCAGGAUUCCAGCCGAAUAGCGAGAACCCGACGCUGUGCAGGCACUGCAUGCACGAGAACCGCAAGCACCAGGACCAACGCAGGCCAAACGACAGGACGGUGACAUUGGAUUAUCUCACCCAAGCUGUCGACAAGUUAGGCAUCACCGUCGACUUCAGCGAUAUCCCAGACAUUGAACUGGAGGAGCAACUUGAAUUUGAACUGGAGGAGGACGAGGAGUAA